AUGUCCGUGGAUCACGAGGUGCAGCCCUGUGACAACUUCUAUGCCUAUAGCUGUAAUAAUUGGAUCGAACAUCAUUCGAAUCUUCGGCAACAUCACAGAGGUAUUGAGGAUUAUCGCCCGGAAAGUGAUUGGUCCCAUGGGGAUUUUGAUCUGUUUGCCUUGUUGGGUAAAUUACAAAGUUAUGGCCUUAAUAAUCUGCUGAUCUAUCAGGAGGUGUCUCGUGGUUCCGGGGGCUCAGUGCAGAUUAUAUUCGAAAAACCACGAUUAGAUAUGGCGGAAAAUUCGCAAGAUGAAGAGGCAAACACUGAAUUCACCUUAUUUUAUUAUUUCCUAAAACGUUCGGGUAUGCCUGCGCAGCAGGCCCAGGGUUAUAUGAAAAAACUCAAAAGGACCCAACAGCAUUGGCAUCAAGUCUAUCGGAAUUAUUCCAUUGCAGAGGACGCAGAAAAUCCCGUCCGUACCUUGACAUUUGAAAAGCUGCAACAGCUGUUUCCCAAAUUGGCGAGGUUUUUGGAAAAUCUCCUCGACACUCCGUUGGCGGUGGAUACCAUGGUGGCCAUUUAUAAUUUGGAAUAUUUUCAAUAUCUAGUCGAACGGCAAUUGUCUGCGGAAAAUUCUCAAAAUCUAUGUAAUUAUCUGAUGAUGAAAUUCCUGGUCUAUCUUUUCAAAGAUGCCACCGAUGAUUUUACAAAGCAGCAGUGCCUGCGGGAUUUGCGAAAUAAAAUGGAUGUGGCUGUGAACUACCUGUAUCAUCAGUAUAUUAUUAAACACGAAGUUGCGGAAUAUUAUGAUGACGUGGCCUAUAUCCUUCAUAAGAUAUAUGAAUAUUUUAUGCAGACCCUAGAGGAGAAUUCUCUCAAUCUCAUCGAGCCACAAAUGCAGCUACUCAAAUUAAAGCUAAACACCUUGAGGGUAAAUUUUGGUAACCUACCUCAACAGAUUAUCUAUCCCCAAUACGGGUCUAAUAAUGCCAACAACAAACCCCAACUAAAUCCCCAGGAAAUUGAAAAUUUCUAUCACAACCUACCCCAAAUGGAUCCGCACAGUUACUACCGCAAUCACCUGGCGCUACUUAAACAUCGUUUUUGGCGCACACAGCUCUAUGAGCCCAGCUAUAGCUUUUACAUUGCCACCGAUAACACCAUCGGCAGCAGUUCCACACCCAUCUAUUAUGCCCGGCAAAAUAUGGUGAUCCUCUUUCCAGGAUUUUUGCAGGAUCCCAUUUACAACCUCCGCAUGGAUCCCCUAAGCAAAUGGUCUCUACUCGCCUUUAUUUUGGCCCAUGAAUUUACCCAUGCCAUUGAUACGUCGGGCAUGUAUUUUGAUCCUGAUGGCUCGCUACGCCAAUCCGAUUUGGGUAUACAGGAUGCAAAGAAUUUUACCCAGUCCCUGGAAUGUUUACAACAACAGCUGGCCACAGAUACUAUAGAUGAACGACUGGCCGAUUUAAUGGGUGCCCGGGUGGUGUUCAAUGCCUACAUCAAGGAAUAUAAUUGGACAACAGGAUCAGACGACACGUCAGUGGAUUGGCGUCGGCUAUUCUUCAUAAAUAUGUCACAAUUUUUUUGUGGCGCCCAAGGUAUACAAUUUCGUGAUCAUGAUUCCGAUGCGGAUCGUGUCCAUCAAAUUGUCAUGAAUAUACCCGCAUUUGCAGAGGCUUUUGAAUGUGGGACGGGUUCGAAAAUGAAUCCGGCGAAAAAGUGUAGGGUAUUUUAA